AAUCGAUAUCCGAUUGGUGGCGGUGUUUUGCCCUUGCAUCGCAUCCCUCGUAUCCUCAUCCGCAUUCCUCAUUCCGUUUCGGCGUCGCGGCGAGAUAACGCGCGUUGUUUAUUUGGUUUUAGUUUUAAGUUAGCGCGUUUUUACCCACCGCCGGUGUCGCCCAAAUAAUGCUAGACACAGCCUAGCGCAACGGCAAACCAACUAUCACUUAAACCGCCACACAAGCAGAGACCGAAACGGAGCAAUGGGCCGCAGCCGGAGUCCCGCCUCGCCGGCGCACAGGAGACGCGAGAAGGAGCGAUCCGAGCGAAAGAAGCGCAGGGAGCGCCGUUCCCGGGAGCGGGAGGCCAUCGGAGUGGCGCCCGCCGGAGGAUCCGGAUCUGGAGGCGCCGGUCGUCGCGACCGGGAUCGCGACCGCAGUCGCAGCCGAGAUCGUGAGCGGGAACGGGAGCGCGACCGUGCGCGGAGUCGGCGAUCUAGAUCGCGGUCGAGGGGCGCCGGAGGAGGAGGCGGCGGAAGCAGCGGCGGCAACAGCAGCUCCGGACCAUCGACGUCGCGAAGGACGACGAGGAACAAUGCGGCGGCCACAGCUGCCGACCGGCCCAAGAUCAACGAGGCGGACCUGGAGGGUAAAUCGCCGGAAGAGGUCGAGAUGCUGAAGACAAUGGGAUUCUGCACGUUCGACACCACCAAGAACAGGAAGGUCGAGGGCAACGAUGUCGGAGAAGUGCAUGUAAUCCUGAAGCGAAAGUACCGCCAGUACAUGAAUCGCAAGGGUGGCUUCAACCGGCCGCUCGAUUUCGUGGCCUAGCAGUCCAUCGCCAUCGUCAUCGCAGCAGCCACAUCCUUUUCCGUUGCCCAACUAGUUUGCUACGCUUUUUUACUUGUCCGUGCCCAAUGGGCAAUGGGCGGCGGACGAAGACCUGCAAUUUUAUGCAAUAGACCGGUUUACGAAAUUCAGCCAGCUUUUGGCCCCUCAAAAUUUCCACGCAUCCAGCUAGUUCUGCAAGAGGACAGCCUCACCACACUCAUACCUCAAUUAGUUAUUUAGUAGUUUAAGCCUGCAGUGCGCCUUUGUUAUAGAGUUGGCCCCCCAGGUUAAUUUUACAACAAAAGUCUGGGGCUGAAAGCCAUCCCAGCCGUUCUCGGAUGGAGAAUCUGCUUUCAGCUGCAGUCGACGACGCACGACGAUUGCUUUUUGAAUAUUUCAAAGUAAUUAACAAUUGUUUUUGUUGACAUCUCGCCAUUUUGUACGAAUACGAAUACGAAUUAACUGAAGCCAGCCUGAAACCCAAAUUCACAACAGCAAAAUUUCCAAACUCACAUACAGACAAUUACUUAAAGUAUUUGAAAACUCACCACAGCCCGAAACGCACUAUCCGCAUUCCCAUCCCAAUCCCCAUCCCCAUCCUCAUUCAGUUCCCGAUCCCGAUCCUGAUCCCAACCGCAACCGAAAAACCUCCCAACAAACUUCCUCCAUACGCUGCAAUAGUACAACUUUUACAACCAAACAAUAUAUAUCAAAUAUAUAUUUAAAUAUAGAAAUUAUUAUAUACACACACACCACAAGUACCUUAUCCCCGAAGCCCCCAGAAUGAACCUAACAAUAGCCAUAGCAAUUUGUUGAAAGAAAUAUUAUUUGUUUAACAAUCAAAAUGUUGUAAUUAAUCCAGUUAAUUCCGAUUUAAAUCACAAGUGCCAACAGAUCAGGCAAGCAACGCUGAAGAUGAAUCACGUUUUAUAGACAUAUUUGUAUAAUCAUUUUGUACUCUUUUUAUAAGAUAGGCAUGAACUUGUACGCCUCAACGAGCUAACUAUUUUAAGCCACAGUUACCCAUUUUUUUGCGUUUGGAAAUAUGUAUUGGAAAAUUUGAAACAUUUCGAUCAGCACCACCCACACACAUCUUAUAACAAUUAUUUGUAGUUUUACACAAACGAAAUUGCAGGGAUUUUGUCUUAUUUCAUAUUCUCCUACAAUAAACUGAUAAUAAAUUUGUAAAACCAUUUCACCA